AUGUCAAUAUUAAUAGAUAAAGGAUCAUUUAAAUGUAGAGUUAGUUCAGUACUGAAUAAAAACUCUAAAGAGUUUGGAAAGGACAAUAUGUUUGAUGGUAGUGAUGAAAGUUGUUGGAAUUCUCAUCAAGGUAGUCCUCAAUCGGUUAUGAUUCAAUUUGUUGAUCCUCUAGACUCGAGUACUGAACGAAUGGUCAAUAUUUCAGAGAUCAAGAUUAUGUUUCAAGGUGGUUUUGUUGGAAAGGAUUGUGAGGUUCUAGCUCAACAAUUGGAUUCAAAGGAAUUUAUUUUCAUUUCUAAAUUCUUUCCUGAUGAUAUUAAUACUUUUCAAGUAAGAUUAAUAGAGAUUGAUAGAUAUAUAUAUUGGAUUUCAUUCCCAAUGAAAAUUGAAAAUGUUAAACAAAUUAAAAUUGUAUUUAAACAAAGUACAGACUUUUUUGGUAGAAUAGUGGUUUAUAAAUUGGAUAUUUUGGCUUGA